ACCGUGACAGGUGCCAGAACCGGAUGUGGUCAGGGUCUCUCGCGGACUGUGAGGCCGGCAGGGUAUAUAAAGGUAUGAGCUGACACCGGCGUGGCCUCUCCGAGCUGAACAUCACGGUUGGAUAAAGGGGGUCGCUCAGUGUUCGGGGCUUCCUUUGGACGUCCAGCGGCUGUCCUGAAAGGAUUUAAUGCGCACGAGUCACAGACACGAGUGUGGAGCUCAACAUGGUGCAGCUGUCUCCUUCCCCCACCCUGGAUGUCACCCCUCCACCUGAGCGCUCAAAGGAGGGGGAGGAAAAACUGGAGGACCCUGUGGCGGCCGGGAGCCCAAAGGUGGGCUCGCCCGGCGGUCUGAGCGCCCUGCAGCUCGACCUGGAGGCCUCCACUGCCUACCACGGCUAUGAAACCUACAUAGAUGAUGGUCUCAUCUGCCUCAAACACAAAAUCCGCAACUUGGAGAAGAAGAAGCUAAAACUGGAAGAGUACAAGAAGAGGCUGGACCAAGGCGAGGCACUGAACAAGGAUCAGAUGGCAGCUGUGGAAAAGUACGAGGAGGUGCUGCAUAACCUGGCAUUCGCACAGGAGCUGCACAAAACACUGGAUGGCUUGACUCAGAAUUUGCUGAGAGCCCAGAGGAAGGUGGCAAAGAAGGAGCAGAUGGCGAAGGUGGAGGCGGAGCAGAGGCGUCUGAGCACUGUGCUCCAAGUCCAGCACCUCCUCCACGGCCUGCAGCAGGAGCACGUCAGGAGAGACCUGCUGACUGGACACAACCAGGCACCCCACGUCACAGCCCAGCAGCUGCAUAGCCUAAGUCAGCUCGCUGCCCUGCUGGGAGUGAAGAGGGACAACAGACUGAGUUUAGGGGCGCAGAUGGAGCAAGCGGCUCUGGUCUACUUGGACCUGCUGGAGGGGAAAGACAAGCCAGUGGCUGGAUCCACAUUUAAGCUGUUAAAGGAGGAGCUCACCAGGCUGUUGAACUGCAAGUACUUCAGUUGUCUUCCACCUCCACCCAACAAGUCUCCAGAGGCAAUACAGAGCUCAACCAGCCACAGCACUACAUCAAAGUCAAAACCAAAUGAAGUUUCUAAGGAGUUUUUCAACAGACUGUACCUGACAGACACUGAGACCCCUCCCUGCACUCAGAACUGGAAGGAAGACUUCCAGGCCAUGAGGGAGCGGGAGCCUCCUGACUGCUGGGAUAUGGAGCUCUCGGACAGAACCGCCUCUCCCCAAGCUGCAGUCCACAAACCAUGGAGAGGAGCAGCCACUUUCAUCCGCAAAGUCCCUGUCACCACCAAGAAACCUUCUGCUGGCUGCAAACAGAGAAAAGAGAGGAGAGCCAAAGGAGAGAAACAUGCCAAGUUGGCAGUUCACAUGGAUAUGCCUGUGGAGGUUUUCGACUCUCCAUCUGCCUUACCCAAAGACCCCAUCCUGAGGAGGCAGCACCUAGAGGAUCUAAUGACGAAGAUCCAUGGCUCCUUCAGUUUCAUACAGGACUCUCUGCUGGAUGGUGAGAGCUCCCAGACUAAUGGCCACCCCAGACUGAAGAGAUGGCCGUCUAGAUCUCCCUCUCCUCUUGCUCACACUGACUUGAGAAGUCCAGGUGAUGUCCUGCCCAAAACGAUGCAUUCCACCCCACUGCCUACCAGGCUCAUGGAGCGCAAAGCCAGUCUUACAAAUGGGGAUCAGUGCCUGGAGACAUGUGAGCUGGAGCUUUCCUCAAAGGACCUACCUCCUGAGCCACUGCAGUUGGCUGAAAGGAAGAAGUUUCCUUCACCGCCGCUGUACCGCAGGGAAUCGACCAUCUCUGUCAGUCUUGAAGACAAGAGUCGUCCCUGUACACCGGUAACUGAGUCAGGGAAGCAGUCCCCCUGUAAUGGGGUGGCAUCUUGCUCCCCUCCCCCCCCUCAGGGACAGACUUUCUCUGCACCCCCUACUAGACGAACUCUGACAUCUGCACAGUUUCAGAACAUCCAGUCAGUCUUCAAGGCAAACACCUCCUUACCUCAGAAUGGGGAACUGAACUAUAAACCAGAUUCAGCAGUUUUCCCUGAACCCAGGUACAGCACUGCCAGUACCCAAACACCACCGGAGUUUGCUCCCUCAGAAGAUGAAGCACAGCCAGUCUACCAGUCAGAUUAUACGGUGGGUAAUGGUGGGCAGAUCUUCCUGUCCCCUGGCCAGUCGGGUGGAAGCGUGGGUCGACCCGGCCAGCCUUACUACACCAGAGGAUCUGUGAGAGGUAUGGCACGUGGCGGCAAGGGACUGGCACAAACCUUUCGCUCUUCUGGUUGGCAUCGAGGCGGGGCAUACAUCCCCCAGACUCAUUUCAGGGACUCUGGCCCUCUCCUCUAUGCUGCUCGAGACUCUGGAUACCAACAUGGCUAUAGACGUGGAGGAGGGAGGCAUAACUCUAGUGCAGCGUGGAGUGACUCCUCCCAGGUGAGCAGCCCAGACCGGGAGGGGGCCUUUACAAUUAUGGACUCAGGCCAUGGGGAUUCCCUGUCAGUCUCCACCUUGGAAGUCCCUCUCACUCCCCACGGCCACCAUCACGCCACGUUGCUUCCCAUGCAACUCUACCCCCUCACCCAGCCACUGCGAGUGGCCUUCACCGCCUCUCGCACCGCCAACUUUGCCCCGGGCAACCUGGACCAGCCCAUAGUUUUCGACCAGCUGCACAGCAACCUGGGGGAGAUGUACGACACCCACAUCGGCCGCUUCACCUCCCCCAUCAGUGGAACCUACGUCUUCAUCUUCCACAUCCUGAAGCUCGCCAUCAAUGUGCCCCUUUACAUUAACCUCAUGCGCAACGAAGAGGUGAUGGUGUCGGCGUAUGCCAACGACGGAGCCCCAGAUCACGAGACGGCCAGCAACCACGCCAUCCUGCCUCUUUUCCAAGGAGACCAGGUGUGGCUCCGGUUGCAUCGUGGUGCUAUCUAUGGCAGCACCUGGAAGUACAGCACCUUCUCUGGCUUCCUGCUGUAUCAGGAUUGACCUACUAUUGAAUGAACGGCCCUCUUCUCUCUCAGCGUGUGGACUGUUUGCUUUGCACUAAAUGGUGAUUGAUUAAACUAACAUUUCAGUAUUGUGGUCAGGCUGCAUGCCAGUGCCCUUUUUUUUCCCACCAGAAAGCCCAUUCAUAACAACUGUCAGUGGCCAGAUGAUACAUGUAUGAUCUGCACUCAGCCUGCCUUUAGUAAUGGGGAUUGUGACUGCUUGACAUAAACCAAAUGUACUUGAUUCCCCAUGAGUGUGUAGUUGACGGUGGUGCUCCCUGUGACAAUAAUACUAGUACAAGUGGGCUGAUAACAUGUCAUCUUGCUGUAAAUCCUCCUGUAGCACUUUACCUGUUCAGCCCACAGGUCACUGAUUUCAGUGAGAACUCUAAUGCAAUGUUAUGAAUUUGUGCCUUUUUUUUGUUUUCUGAAUGGCUUUGGAUGACUGACCAGUUGUUAAAUGGCUGAACUGAAUGGCUGAUUUAUUGGAUGAAUUAUAAUUGACUCAACCAUCAGCACAUUGCUUGAUGCUGGGCUCCUAUGCAUUCAGUCUCACCUUGCUGUGUGAAUGUGAAGCUGAGGAAGGAAAGAUUGUGUUCUUGGUGGUGGGUAUGGUGUUGAACACUUGAGGCCAAUUUGUUGCACUAACAGACUACUGUGGGGAGAUGGAAGUGGUCCCUUGAUGUGCCUAAAUAAAAGAUGAGCCAUUAAA